AUGUUUGCAAUCCCGCGUUCGUCGCUCAUGUCGACCGUGUCCGCGUCAGCCGAUCGGACGGUCGUCGCGGCCGCCACGUCACCGGCCGGUCAAACGCCACUCAGAGCGCUCGUGUUCGACUGCGACGGGGUGAUUCUCGAGUCCGAGGAUCUCCAUCGGCGCGCUUACAACGCGGCGUUCGCGCAUUUCGCGAUUCGGUGCCCGGGAGAAAACGCGGUCGUUGAUUGGACGACGGAGUUCUACGACGUGUUGCAGAAUAAGAUUGGUGGCGGGAAACCCAAGAUGCGAUGGUACUUCAACAAAAAUGGGUGGCCGCAUUCGUCGAUUCUGCCCGCCCCUCCCACCACGGAUGCUGACAAGGACGUGCUUAUUGACACGCUGCAGGAUUGGAAGACGGAGAAAUACCAGCAAAUGAUUGGAUCCGGGCAGGUGCCAGUGCGGCCAGGCGUGUUAGAGCUUAUGGAUGAAGCGAGACAGAGGGGUCUGCUGGUGGCGGUGUGUUCUGCUGCCACCAAGAGUUCAGUCGUCUUCACUCUCACUUGCCUGCUCGGGAAGUUCCUCCACUCUCCAAUCGCCCCAAACUUUUUCCCAAAUCCACAUCCGUCUCAUAAACCUUACAUUGUGCCUCCACCUCUCUUUCUCCUCCACCAUUGGUAUCCUCUCCUCAUGUGCCUGCCACCAGGUGACGACGUCCCAAAGAAGAAGCCAGACCCCACCAUUUACAAGAUUGCAGCACAGCGCCUGGGAGUGCCACCCUCGUCGUGCCUGGUGGUGGAGGACAGUGUAAUUGGCCUGCAGGCUGCUCUUGGAGCUGGCAUGCCAUGUGUCAUCACCUACACGCCUUCCACCAAGAGCCAGGAUUUUACCGGGGCUGUAACGGCGUUUGAUGAUCUUGGUGGAGUUUCUUUGGAUAAGCUCAUUAGUGAAUGCUCUGCUGUUGUGGCCUGA